AUGCCAGUGACUGGUUUACCCGCGCCUCCCUCUGUCGGCAUCAGCGUGCUUCUAAUUCAACAUGACGGUGUUCAAAACUCUUUGGUUGGGAGCAGGUCACCACCACUCAGCCAAAUUCCUCCGCCAUCGCCUACAUAUCAGCUGCAUGAGCCGUGGGCGGUUGCACUCCGAGCACGAGCUCAAGCAGGCUACAGGCCCGAGGGGCCGACGAAUGUUGGAGCUCAAGCUUGGGGCCACCGACCUGCAUUGAAACGGUUCUCUGGUGAAAUUGGAGACUUCGACUUGUCUGCCUUUCGUGCUGCCGAAGUGCAGGGGUACAUGCCUUACGAGCCUGAGGAGCUGUCGGAGGCGGAGUCCCAGGACUCUCAGGAAUCUCUGUCGGGAUAUGUGCAGAGCAGAUGGGAUGACACCAAGACUGAGAGGCGCUACGCUUACGGCAUGGAUGCUUCUGUGAAGUUCUCCGGCGUCAGGCGAAUGGAGUGGAAUCGACCUGAGUGGAAAGAUGGCCUUCUAAAGACAAACCAUUUGGGCUCGCGUACGCCGGUCGAAAAGAUGAAGGCUGCUGUCUUCAAGGUCAUGGCAAUGAACAGGGUCUACAAGGGGAUCACCGCACCACCAGCAGAAUGGCAGUUCGAGGUGGAGCGGCAAAAGGCUGGACGGUUGGCAGAGGAAGUGAGGCUCAUCAAGGCUGAGAAGGAGAGGGUCAGAAAGGAGAAGAUGAAGUCCAGACAAGGCAGGAAAGAUGCACGUGCCACUGCUCGGGGUCAGCGGCAGGCACUCAUUGAGAAACAGCUCAUGCAACAGAACACGCAGGCGCAGAACCUCGUGGAAGACAUGGAGGAGGCCUUGUUGAAGGUUCCCGAGCUGCAGCCCCCGGCUGUGCCCGACCUGCAUCCACAGGAGCUCUUUGAGGCAAAGUUGGUACUCCAUGAUCUUGCGACCAGUGGCCUGGGCCAGAAGGUGAGUGAGUUCGGAGGGGCGACGACACACAGCGUGCGUGAGCCUCCUCCUCCCAGAAAGGUGCAGAACUGGGAUCAGGCAGCCAUCUCCAACUGGCUCAAUGAGGCACACCACUACGCAGAGGGUUUGUCGCCUUCGGCCGCUAGGAGGUUCUAUCCGGAGCCGCAGAAGGGUUUGCUGCUGCAGCCCGUGUACCCCUUGCACGACUUGCCCAAGCAACCCUGGUACCCUGCCAGUGACAUUCUCACCGAGCGGACCAGGACCCAUGAGGCAGAACCAGAACCUGAGGCGGUGCAAGCGAAAGACAGAGUCUGGCUCUGA